CUUCCUCACUCUCAGGCCUAGUGUGUGUGAGAGAGAGAGUGAGACCGAUCGCCGGCCGGCCGGGAACGAUCGGUUUUCCGUCGACGGUCGCAUUGCAAGAUACGAUCCAUCAAAUAUCAUAGAAGUCUCUGGUUUUCACCUUCUCCGUUUUUUUUCUCUCUCUGGAGAGAAGCGAUGGCGUCGCGCAGGGUUCUCGCCUCGCUCCUCCGCUCCGGCGUCCGCCGUAAACCCUCUUCCGGCCACUCUUUCAUCUCUUCCGUCUCCCGCGGCGCGGAGCCGGCCCCCCUCCGACGUCCCUCCCCUGCAGGAUUCCUCCUCAACCGCGUCGUCAACUACGCUACCUCAGCCGCGGCAUCUGCGGCGCCCCCUUCCCCUUCAUCUCCCGCCAAGGACGGCCCUUCUGGCAGGAUCACUGAUGAGUUCACUGGCGCGGGCGCAAUCGGCAAAGUGUGCCAGGUGAUCGGUGCUGUCGUGGACGUCCGUUUCGAUGAGGGCGGAUUGCCGCCGAUUCUGACUGCUCUCGAGGUGAUGGAUAACUCCAUCCGUCUCGUUCUCGAGGUUGCCCAGCACCUUGGCGGGAAUAUGGUGAGGACGAUCGCUAUGGACGGAACUGAGGGGCUUGUCCGCGGGCAGCGCGUUCUCAAUACCGGUUCGCCAAUCACGGUUCCCGUGGGUAGGGCAACUCUUGGCCGGAUUAUAAAUGUGAUUGGGGAGCCCAUUGAUGAGAAGGGUGAUAUAAAGACUGAUCAUUACUUGCCGAUCCACCGUGAAGCUCCUGCUUUUGUAGAACAGGCCACUGAACAACAGAUACUUGUUACUGGCAUCAAGGUUGUGGACUUGCUUGCUCCCUAUCAGCGUGGUGGGAAGAUUGGUCUUUUUGGUGGAGCUGGUGUCGGGAAAACCGUGCUGAUUAUGGAACUUAUCAACAAUGUUGCCAAAGCUCAUGGUGGUUUCUCUGUGUUUGCUGGUGUUGGUGAGCGUACUCGCGAGGGAAAUGACCUUUACAGGGAAAUGAUUGAAAGUGGUGUCAUCAAGCUUGGAGAUAAGCAGGGCGAGAGCAAAUGUGCUCUUGUUUAUGGGCAAAUGAAUGAGCCACCUGGUGCUCGUGCUCGUGUUGGGCUCACUGGUCUUACUGUUGCUGAGCACUUCCGUGAUGCUGAAGGGCAAGAUGUGCUUCUUUUCAUUGACAACAUUUUCCGUUUUACUCAAGCAAACUCUGAAGUGUCUGCUUUGCUUGGUCGUAUCCCCUCUGCUGUUGGUUAUCAACCUACUUUGGCUACUGACUUGGGAGGUUUGCAAGAGCGUAUUACUACGACAAAGAAAGGCUCCAUCACAUCAGUGCAAGCUAUUUAUGUGCCCGCUGACGAUUUGACUGAUCCUGCCCCUGCUACAACCUUUGCACAUCUUGAUGCCACCACAGUUUUGUCAAGACAGAUAUCUGAGCUGGGUAUUUAUCCUGCUGUUGAUCCACUUGAUUCAACAUCUCGCAUGCUCUCUCCUCACAUUUUGGGAGAGGAGCACUAUAAUACCGCUAGAGGUGUACAAAAGGUUCUUCAGAAUUACAAGAAUCUUCAGGAUAUUAUUGCCAUUUUAGGAAUGGAUGAACUAAGUGAAGAUGACAAAUUGACUGUUGCGCGUGCAAGAAAAAUUCAGCGGUUCCUCAGCCAACCAUUCCAUGUUGCUGAGGUUUUCACUGGUGCUGCUGGGAAGUAUGUGGAAUUAAAGGAGAGUAUAAACAGUUUUCAGGGUGUCUUGGACGGGAAAUAUGACGAUCUACCGGAACAGUCAUUUUAUAUGGUAGGUGGGAUAGAUGAGGUCAUUGCAAAAGCUGAGAAAAUUGCCAAGGAAGCGGCUGCUUAACCUUAUCCUUCUUGUUUUACCUUGUAGGCUUGUAAUGUUAAUAAUUUGACACCGCAAUACCUGUGCAAAUUUUCAUUUUUAAUCUCGGCCGUCAUGGGUGUUGCACUUGGUUUUGGACAGGCUUGUGGCAGAUAAAGAUCAAACAAGUGCUUAUGGAAUGAGCACUCUUUUAUUCCUUAAAUCAUGAGUACAGAUUCAAUUGUCUUCCUA